AUAAAAAUGAAAAAUGAGCAGAUGAUGUUUGAUGUUGAAUGUUGAUGUUUGCUCGCUGGUCUGCUCUACUGUUGCUGUUUCUGUUUGUUUAUGUCAUGUUUAAUUAAAUGUCAACAUGAAGAUCGAUCACACAUAAACCUAGUUUUUUUUUAUUCUGCAACCCACCACAAUCAUUUAUUAAGGUCAGUGUCAAGUCAAGAAUUUUAAGGUCAAGCCUAUCAAGUUAUGUUUGUGAACACUCAAUAUAGAUCCAGUCGUUAUUCAUCUUACAAAAGGACAACUAGGCCUAGGCUACUUGUAUUCUCCUAGAUACCAUAUCAGAUUUAUUUCAGAAUGGCUGCCCAAGAACAAGAUUUAUGUCCAAAUAAAGAAGCACUUGAAAAAUAUCCCAAGAACACAAAACCUCUGGAAAACCAAGUAGCAGGCCAUAGUUUUAGCGAUGGCUGCCAUACUAUAGGUAUGCUGAGGGACGAGGAUGGUCACGUUUUGAAGCCGGUGAACAAACCUGAACAAGGCCGAAAGGAGAUUGAAUUUUAUGAAACCUUCUCAAAAUAUGAAACAGAUGAUAUUUUACAGCUAAAACAAUUUGUGCCUCAGUAUUUUGGAAGUGUCAUAUUGUCAAUUGACGGUAGAAGUGCACAGUUUUUAAAACUCUUGGAUGCCACGAGAGGUUACAAGAAACCUUGUGUGAUGGAUGUCAAGAUCGGCAGACAAACCUGGGAGCCUGGAGCUCCCGUGGAAAAACAACUCAGGGAGGAGUCAAAGUACAAGCUAUGUAAACAACAGUGUGGAUUUUGUAUUCCUGGUUUUCAAGUUUAUAACAUCACAACAGGUACUUUUGAGAAGUACGGAAAGGAUUAUGGGAGACGGCUUCAAAGAGAUGACAUUGUAUAUGUUUUCAAGAAGUUUCUCAACAGUGGGACAGAACGUGGAAGAGUCGUUGCGGAGGAGAUGUUGCGUCAAGUGACCACAAUCCUAGACUGGUGGAGAGUGCAACGGACGUUUCACAUGUACUCCAGCUCUGUGUUGUUGACAUACGACGCUGAACCAAACCUCACUCCUAGUGUGAGAGUAGUGCUGAUAGACUUUGCCCAUGUCUUGCCUGCCAACGGUUCUCCAGACCUUAACUAUCUGACAGGUCUUGAAUCAUUUGUACAAAUUUUUACAUCUGUAUUAAACGAGUUAUGA